GGGGGGAGCCGUGCUCCGGUCGCUGGCAUGCGGCGCGCGGUACACGGUCACGGUGCGGGCACACAACGUGGUGGGGGCGUCGCCACACUCACGGCCGCUCGUGGUGACCACGAGAGGAGAUAAGGCAAAGGCCGCUUCGGGUAAGGAAUGCAUCUGGUCGAACAGCACGUCACUUCGAGUAUCGCUACUGGCGUGGGGCGGGCGAUGUCCUGUCGAGAGCUGGAUGGUGGCGUAUCGCGAGGCCGUCACGAAUCCCACGCUACCCGCACACCUCGCCAGGUGGAUCGAUCUACUCACCGACGGAGAAGUCGCACAUAUAACAAAUCUUCAACCGGCGACCUGGUACGAUAUUCGAUUGCAGGCUCGAUCAGUCGCUGGAGACACAGCUGCAAUAUACCGAGCUGCUACUAGAAAUCUUUAUGGAGAACGAAUAGGCGAGCCGACUGAGUUGCCGAACGAGAUUCAAAAUGGCGACGUGGGCACGGGCGUGGCGCUCGGGACAGCGGGGUGGCGAGCGGUAGCAGGGGGCAGUGGGGCGCUCCUGCUGGCCGCGCUAGCCGCCGUCACACUCGUGGUCUGUUACCACCGGCGACGCAACCGCGCACGUCGCUGUCGCACCGCCGCCUUCCUGCCGCCCUUGACGCACACUAACGGGAAGACUCUCAAGCCUCUUCAAAGUGACGUGCACGAGAUAAGCCCUUACGCAACAUUUAGCAUGUCUUCGGCGGGUGCGAGUGGAGGCGGCACGGGAUGUGUCGCGCCGGGUGACGCUCGCUCGUGCGCACUACACUUGCGCUCGUUCGUAUCGGAGCAUGCCGAGCUAGCGGCGCCGCCUCGGCCUCACCUGCUGGCGCACCCGAACGACUACGGCAGCGCUCGUGACACGGACUCGGAGUCGAGCGGGUCGCCAUGUGCGGCGUGCCAGGCUGAACUGUACCGGCUACCGGCCGCGCAUCUUUCCGAUACGUUGCCCGCUGGAACCACGACGGCUGCCGAGUCAAGCACGGAGGACGGCUCGUACGGGUCGCGGCGCGGGAGAGACGUUGGUGGACGGGCGCGCGAACGUCGACCGCACGCGCGGGGACCCAAGCACUUCCCGGCCGAUGCCCGCCCUGUUCGCAGCGCGACUGCCAGUGGGAUGAGCUGGAAAUCAACCGGCGCUACUGAAAAAUGAAAACUUAAUAUUGUUGAUAAAUGUAAAUAGUUAUUAUUAUGUCAAAUCAAGUUUAGAAGGUUACGCUUUCAAACUUUGGACUGAAUUACUUUAAUACUUUAUUUAUAAAA